CCGUGAAUGAAAAAUACUUUACAAUUCAAAUAAAUCUUUGCGCAUCGUGUAUUAAUUUCUGAUAGUCGUAGGGCUUGAUUUUGCAUUCCGCCAACGGUGUGUUUUCCCACAUUGAAUAAAUAGUACGAGGCGUUAUCAGCGCUGUAGUGGGUUUGGGUUAGUGGUUAAAAACACAUCCACUGUUAUGUUUGGGAGCUGGAGUUUCCCGACCUCUCUCACUCCGAUGAGGCGAAGACUGUCGAUGCACAGCGAUCUGUGAUAGUUAGGGUUAGUAGUAUAGUAUAUCUGUGAUAGUAUGAUAACUUGAACGAUCUUCCACUGCGUCUGGAUUGUCAUGUAUGAUGAAGAGGAGGGUUCAUUUAAAUCAAAUGGUGUAAACCGUUUCUGGACAGGACUGAAGUUCCCCUGUUUGGCAUACUGUCAUUGGUCUGGAUUUCCCAACCGCCUUCCUGUGGGUUUCUGUGAAAUGACCUGACAUCGAUGCGCCUUGUUUCAGUGUCAUUUGGCAAUGGCGAGAAUAGCUUGGUAUCAAGAGAAGAUCGGGGCGUACGAUCAGCAAGUAUGGGAGAAAUCUCUGGAGAAGGCUGAGCUUAAUGACAUCGACAGCAAACCAAUGAAGACUGGCCACAUCAAGCCAGAUCUUAUCGAUGUGGAUCUGGUCAGAGGAUCUACGUUCAGCAAGGCCAAGCCAGAGAGCCCCUGGGCGUCUCUGACCCGCAAAGGCCUCGUCCGGGUGCUCCUCUUCCCCUUCUUCUUCCGCUGGUGGACCCAGGUCACCUCCACACACGUCUCCUGGUGCAUCCUGCUGCUCUACUUCAUGCAAGUGGCGGCGGUGGUUCUGUACCUCCAGCUGCCCACGGCCGGGGCCAGUGAUCUGUUGGAGCCCGUGUGUCUGAUGCUGCUUCUGGGGACGGUGCACUGCCAGAUCGUCUCCACAGAGUCCAACCGCACCCUCGCCAACAACAGCCCCGCCUCCACCGCCAGCCCCGCACGCCGGAGGAGGCCGUGGAAGAGCAGAGGAGCCAAGAAGGCGGAGGAGGGGGAGACCGGAGGAGAGGCGGAGCAGAAGGCUCGGCCGACGGAGGACUGCGGGCGGCCGCCCUACAGAGCCGAGAGCAGCAAGAGGAAGUCGGGGUUCCGGGCGUCGGACGAGCUCUCUACGGACGAGGAGGAAGAGGCGAGGGACGCCCAGGCCCCAGCGGCGCCAAGCCUGCCGCCGUCCUCCAGCAGCCUGAGGAAGAGGGGCCCUCACAGGCUCCCCAAAGCCCCCCCCAGACCCCAGGUAGGAGGAGGAGGAGGAGGAGGAGGAGGAAUCGAGGUUACAGUGGCCAAUGAGGGCAAGGCCAAAUCCCGGGAACUGGACCGCCUGAGGCCGCCCCCCGGGGACUCCCGCCUCGCCUCCGACACGGAUGACACCAUGUGGGAGGAGCUUCUGCAGGGGCCUGACUCCGCCUCCAGCGGUAGCAGCGAGGGCGAGGGGCGCCACAACGUGGGCGUGGCGUUCCCGGCCUCCUCCGCCGCGCUGAGCAGCGACGAGGAGAACCUGCAGCAGGGCAUCGCUGGGGGCCAGCUGUCCUGGCUGCAGCCCUGCCACCCGUCCCGUGACCGCGUCAGUGCCAUAUUCUGGGAGAAGGGCGAGUGCAAGAAAGCAGACAUGUCAGUAUUGGAGAUCAGUGGGAUCAUCCUGACACGGGUGAAGGCAGUGGAGCAGGGCAUGGGCUACCUGAUGCUGGGGGGCCUGGUGACGGCCACGCUGGCCCUCCUGCCCUACGCCUUCCGGCUGAGCCAGCAGCUGGACCUGUCCAGUCUGACCCUGCUGACCCCCGCCCGGCUGUGGGGCGCGGCCGCGGGGCCGGCCGACGCCACCGCCUGCGCCUUCUUCCUCAUCGUCACUGUGGAGAAGUUCUGCCUCGCCGGUCUCUUCUUCUUCAUGACGUGCGUGGCGGAGCGGACGUACAGACAGAGGCUGCUCUUUGCCAAGCUGUUCAGCCACCUCACCUCUGCACGCAAGGCUAAGAAGUCUGAGAUCCCCCACUUCAGACUGAAGAAGGUCCAGAACAUCAAGAUGUGGCUCUCUCUACGCUCCUUCCUCAAGAGAAGAGGACCCCAGCGCUCAGUGGAUGUCAUUGUGUCCACCAUCUUCCUCCUGGCUCUUUCCAUUUGCUUCAUCAUCUGUGCCCAGCUGCUGCACAAUUACAAGACCUUCCUGGACUCUGUUCUGAACUGGGAGCUGAUGGUGUGGGCCUUCGCUCUGCUCCUCUUCCUCUUACGCCUUGCCACGCUGGGCUCGGAGACCAACAGCAAGUACAGCAACGCCUCCGUGCUGCUCACCGAGCAGAUUAAUUUGUACCUGAGGAUUGAGAAGAAGCCGGAUAAGAAGGAGGAGCUGGUUCUGGUGAACAACGUGUUGAAGCUGGCCAUGAAGCUGAUGAAGGAGCUGGACACCCCGUUCCGGCUGCUUGGUCUGACGGUUAACCCCCUGAUCUACAACAUCACCAAGGUGGUCAUCCUGUCUGCCGUCUCGGCCGUAGUCAGCGACCGGCUGGGCUUCAACAUCCGACUGUGGAAGAUCAAGUCUUAAGGUGGUCCGCCUGGUGCCGCCCGCCUCACCUGCGUCUGCUCAGAAACCAAAGCUGUGCUGCUACUGACCGUCGGCGAGCCUCCCGCCAAACAUUCCUACCGUGACGACCACUCGCACAACCCCUCUCCCCCCAUGGUCUGCUGUAUGGGACGGCCAUCACAGAGCCCCCCCCCCCUCCCGGCCACUAGUGCCUGACAUUCGGGACCUUAAAUGUCCCCGCGUGUCGGAAGACAUAGAGUGUGUGAAGUUGGGGGUGUGGUGCGUGGGCAGGGCGGUGGUAGGAGGGAUUGUGUUGGUGUGAUGUUUGUGUUGGGGGGCGUCUGUGGAAUGGUAAUCACGCAGUCCUUCUGUAUAUUAUACCACGUGGCAUUGAUACUUCCAUAAGUGUGUUUAACCCGAGUGUAAUAAUGCACACUAGAGAGAGUAGGCUAAGGGUCCAUUAACUCUACCACCACUUUGUAUUAUCUGAAACUAGAAUGAGGUAAUUUAACUAAUUCAAACCUAACUCUAUUUUUUAUUAUUGUCAAUGAUUGGAAUGUGUUGGUUUUAUUUAUUAGGUGUUCAACAUUGUAUAUUAGGUGGAACGGUGGAAAGGUACUUCAAACUGUAUUGUCUUUGUUUCGAUAGCCGGUGUUUCAUCAUAGGCUAUGUAUGUGUUGAAAGUAAAUGAAAGAACCUAUGCAGAUGAUUUCUGUCAAAUUUAUUUUAUUGGAAAUAAAUAAGUGAUUUACGUA